AUGUAGGCCAUACCUAAGCUCCACCCACGUCAGAAGCAUUAUAAAGUCACCAUUUCCCGCCUCACAUUACUUCCUAGCGAAAGCUGCAUCACCAAUUCAAGAUAAUAUGUACAAGCCAGCGCCCCAAGUGUCUCAGUGCAUCUGGGCAGAGGAUGACUUCACUCUCCCCCCAGGGGUGACACCACUCAAUCAUCCAGAACCCAAGUCUGGUCAGACCUACAUCAUGUAUCACGGUACCAGCCAAAAGGCUGCUAAAGCUAUACGGAGGAAUGGGUUCCAGCCAUCCACAGGAGGCAUGUUGGGUCCAGGAGUGUACCUCAGCAGAGACCUGCAGAAGGCUACCAGAUACCCACUAGAGUUGCCUGAGCAUCAGAGGGUUGUUCUGAGGGUUAGGGUCAAUGUUGGCAAAGUGAAAAAAAUCAACAGACGAGGCCAUCCCUACCAGGAAACCUGGUAUGAACUUGGUUAUGACACGGCCUGGGUUCCUCCUAACUGUGGUAUGGUGAGGAGUGGUCUGGAAGAAAACUGCGUGUGGGAUCCAGCCCGCAUUACUGUUUUGGGCACCAUCACUCCUAUGGUUGUGCGGCCAUCACCGGCCAGAUCACAUCCGGAAUCCCCACUACGAAAUAGUUUUAUGCCUCGGCAUUCUAGCCGUCAAAUUGAAACCCUACAUAAUUUCUUUGAUGAUAAUUGCUCUAGCGACAAAUCAUCGGAAACGUGUUUGUGUGGUAAAGUCUGUAAGAACCUCCAUGGCCUCAGAAUUCACCAAGGAAAGAUGAAAUGUUUGGAGCAAUCACCGGCCAAAUCACAUCCAGAAUCCCCACCACAAAAUAGUUUUAUGCCUCGGCAUUCUAGCCGUCAAGUCGAAACCCUACAUAAUUUCUUCGACAAUAAUUGCUCUAGCGACAAAUCAUCGGAAACGUGUUUGUGUGGGAAAGUCUGUAAGAACCUCCAUGGCCUCAGAAUUCACCAAGGAAAGAUGAAAUGUUUGGAGCAAUCACCGGCCAGAUCACAUCCGGAAUUCCCAUCAUAUUCAGACUUCCUAUUCUACCCGAAAUUUCGUUCCUAUCCGGAAUUCAGAUCGUACCCGGAAUCCCCACCACAAAAUAGUUUUAUGCCUCGGCAUUCUAGCCGUCAAGUUGAAAACCUACAUAAUUUCUUUGAUGAUAAUUGCUCUAGCGACAGAUCUUCGGAAACGUGUUUGUGUGGGAAAGUCUGUAAGAACCUCCAUGGUCUCAGAAUUCACCAAGGAAAGAUGAAAUGUUUAGAAAACUAAGGUACAGCCCACCCGAUCACUGCCUCCAGACCUGGCCUUGCUUUUGUUUGACUGUUUUACCACUGAAACCCCUCUAUUCAUCCCAACUUAUAACACGUUAUACUGUAAAAGAGGUUUGCAGUGUUUGUUGCACAUGCUGUUUCCUUGUGACACGUGGCUUCAAAAUAACACAAACUCUGUGGAAAGGUAGGCUACAUGAGCUAAGUCUGUACAAAGGGUUUCUGCUUUCUCUAUGUUGAUGUCCUGUGCACAGACAAUAUCAGUAGCUAGUGUUGUGUCACGCUCCUAGGCACACGGACCCACCUUGAGCACAAGUUUGUUUAAAGAGUGCCAAGGGUUAUUAGCAUGAAAUGAUAAAUACAAUAAUUCUACACACAGACUGAUCUUAACCUGUACACUUCUAAUCAAUCAAUAAUUUAACCCUUUAUGUAUGGGAUUCAUCGCACACAGAAUUUAACAACUUUAAAUCCACCUCAACACUUGUCCAGUUCAGGCCUUCCUAGCCAUUCUCUUCUUUUAGGCUGGUUAUACUGUUAGGUGCCAAUUAAUGGGCAUGUGUCAAGCCCACUGUUGUGACAUUGCUUGUCAAAAGGGUUAUCCGAAUAAAAUUGAAUUUC